CACAGUGUAUUACACACACACCACAUAAUUUCAUAUGUUGAAUUAUUUAAUAAUAUAAUACUGCGCUACAAGUACACGUUCAAUAUCUUUCGGGAAAUAAAUAUUCGUUCGGUAAAGAGAGAAAUUUGGAAACAGUGCGGAAAAGUUAGACUUACGGAUAUCUGAUUAAGCCAAAACUACAUUUAAAAAAAACGAAAUCUCAAGCGCAUGAUGUUGGCACAGGGAUCGUACAUGGUGACAGAGAAUAUCAAGGAAAAAUUAAGUAUUUCAGCGAACGGUCUAGCUUUGAUGUAAAAUGGAAAAGAAACAAUUGAAAAUUGCUGUAGUCGGAGCGGGCCCAUGUGGUUUGUGUUGUGCAAAGCAUUCAUUGGAUUAUGGACACGAUGUAACUGUUUAUGAGCAGACUUCGGAGGUCGGUGGUACAUGGUUCUACACAGAUAAAAGUGGGAAUGAUGAAUUUGGCAUACCAAUUCAUACCAGCAUGUAUCAGGGACUCCUAACAAAUGCACCAAUCGAUUUAAUGAGUUUUUUGGGCCAUCCAUUUCCACGGAAGGGUCGAUCUUUUGUUUCUCACGAAGAAGUGCUAGCGUUUCUUCAUGGUUACGUUGAAGUGUUCGGUCUGAAAAGUGUGAUUAAAUUUCGAAAUCAAGUUGUCAAUGUUCGUCCUUUGCGAGGUGAUCGUUGGGAGGUUUUAAGCAAUGACCUAAGAAAUGACAUUUUGAUACGAAAACAAUUUGAUGCGAUUUUCCUAUGCAGUGGCCACUAUAGCGAACCGGUUAUUCCAGAAUUCGACGGUUUAGAUGAGUUUUUUGGCGAUAAAAUGCAUAGUCAUGAUUAUAGAAAACCUGAUCGAUAUCAACAUGAAACGGUUUUUGUGAUUGGGGGUGGAACCUCUGGAAGAGAUAUUACGCUUCAAAUUGCGACCAAAGCUAAACGAGUAAUUUGGAGCAAUCAUAGUAAAUAUUAUAACUUUACAUUUCCUUCGAAUGUUAAGAAGGCUGACGAUGUCAAACGAUUCACCGCAAAUUCUGUACAAUUUAUUGAUGGAAAUGAAGAGCAAAUUACAUGUAUUUUAUUUUGCACAGGAUACAAGUAUUCGUUCCCAUUUCUAUCCGUCGAUUGUGGCCUUCGUUUAAAUGGAAAAAUUCAAAUGGAACCUUUGUAUAAAGAAGUGAUCAAUGUAAACCAUCCAACAAUGGCUAUAGUCGGCUUAUCGGUGUGCAUUUUGACGUAUCUAAGGCAUGAUUUACAGGCUAAUUUAUGUUUGAAAUACUGGAGCGGCGAAAUUGAAUUACCUACUAAACAAAAAAUGCUUGAAGAACUCAGAAUUAAGAAAGAGAUAGAAAACAAGGAUGAAAUUGAUUCACGAAGAUGUUCUAUGAUGAUUGAUAAUUUGAUAAAUUAUUUGUAUGAACUUAGCGAGAUUUGUAGAAUGAAUGUUGUGCCAAAAGUUUUCCAUAUACUUUGCGAAGAUCUUUUCAACUUGUAUGUCCAAUAUCCAACCUCAUUCCGGGAAUUCAAUUAUACAAUUUUGGAUGACGAAACAUUUGAACGCAAACAUAUUUCAGAAUGAUUUAUGAUUUUUAUUAUAAACAAAUGCGACGAUGGCAUUUCAGAUGGUAUUGAGAUUAAAACAAUUGUUAUCUAUCGAUGUUGAUAAUUCGUCGCAUGUUUCAUAGCAAAAAAUAUAAAAAUAAUACAUGAAAAUAAAUGCAUAAAACAUUUAAAAAAAAAACACUUAACAAUGGCUUAAAGACCGAA